AUGGGGUCUUCGGCGUUACACGAGGAACAGCAAUACCUCGAUCUCGCCCGUGAGAUUUUAGACCAAGGUGAAAGACGACCAGACCGGACAGGCACUGGGACUCUGUCUAUCUUUGCACCACGGCCACUCAAAUUCCAGCUCAAUGACAAUGGGCGACCGAUCCUCCCUCUUCUUACGACAAAACGUGUUUUCACUCGCGCCAUCAUCGCCGAGCUACUCUGGUUCAUCGAGGGCAACACAUCAUCUCUCGCGCUUAGCGAGGCCGGGGUGAAGAUUUGGGAUGGCAAUGGAUCACGCGAAUUCUUGGAUAGUAGAGGGUUAACACAUCGUGAGGUCGGUGACCUUGGGCCAGUCUAUGGCUUUCAAUGGCGACAUUUUGGCGCCGACUACAAAGAUUCGUCAACGGACUAUACUGGUCAAGGUGUGGACCAACUAGCCGACAUCAUACACAAGCUUCGAACGGAUCCUUACGACCGCCGAAUGAUUCUUUCCGCGUGGAACCCCCGGGACUUGCCUAUCAUGGCGCUGCCACCUUGCCAUAUGUUUGCUCAGUUCUAUGUCUCGUUCCCGGGACAGGGGCUAGAGGGGAGUAGCGAAAGUAAACCGCAAGGGCAUCUCCACUGUCAGUUAUAUCAGCGAUCCUGCGAUAUGGGCCUUGGUGUACCAUUCAAUAUUGCCAGCUAUGCUCUCCUUUGCCAUAUGCUCGCUCACGUCUGUAAUCUGGUACCUGGAAGUCUUACGCAUGUUAUGGGAGAUGCGCAUAUCUAUCUUGAUCAUGUUGAUGCUCUUAAAAUACAAUUAGAACGCGAGCCACGGACAUUUCCGGUACUAGAAAUCAAGCGCGAUAAAGGUGGAAGCAUUGACGGUUGGAAGUUGGAGGAUUUUGAGAUCAAGGGGUAUAAUCCUCACAAGUCGAUUGCUAUGAAAAUGUCUGUCUAG